AAAAUUGAAGCAGAUGAUCUGUUAAAGACUUCUUCAGAUGAAGUUGCAGGAAAAUAUCAACAAGAGUCCAAUGUUAUUGUUGCUGAGCAACUAGGGGAUAGUCAAGGUGAUGAAGAAAUGGAUGAAGCUUUGAGAGAAAGUGAGAAGAAUCGGAGGCAACUUUGUGAAAACAAAGACAGUUUCUUCAAUCCUGAUCAGGAUGAAAAUAUCUCCUUCUAUUCCACUCCUGAUGAUGUUGCUCCUCCACAAUUACCAAUGGAUGGGCCUCCUAAGAAAGAAAAUAAAACACCAGAAACAAACAUUGAUGAUUUUUCUUUUUAUUUUCCAUCGCAGUCACCUACAGGAAAGCCACUUGCAGAAGAAAGUAAUGUGGCAUCGGAUCAUACCGAUGGCUCUUUAUUCUAUGAUAUAAUGACCCCUGAAUUACCAGUCAGUCCACCCCCUCCACAAAUUUAUCAACCAAUUGUUGAAUUUGAUAACUCUUUUUACUUACCCGAGGGAGUUGACUCAACAGUCACUGUAAAAGAUAAACAAGAUGAUGGAUUUGGUGAUAUAUUCUUGCCUGAGAAACCAAAAAUAGAAACAUCUCUUCAGACACCAGACUUGUUAUCCAGUAAAAAUGACGGCAUGGCUUUUGAUAUGGGUAAUGAUGAUUUGCUCUCUCCAGAACUACCAGAUACACCUCCACCACUAAAUAUUUCACAAGUCUCCACAAAUGAUGAAAAAUCACCUUUUUACACGGAUACUGAUUUAUUCAACCAGAAAUUACCAAACAUUCCAUCACCAGUCACUGAAACAAAUGAAGGUGACUUAGUUAAUUUGGAAUGGACUCCAAUAUCACCAACUGAAGAGUCCCCAAAAAUGGAGUUUUCUACAAAGAAAGUGCUGGUCAGAGAGAUUGAUUCUACACCAGAAAUUAUUUGGCCGAGCGAUAAGAAUGACAAGACUUUGCUUACGAAAGCGACUAAGUCCGACAGCAUUGUACCAGAAACACAACCGGAUGUCAGAAUGAAAGAAUUAGAAACCACGAAAGAAACAAUACAAGUUUUUAAUACUGAUGACGCAUUGGAAUCUACGAUAGAAACAAUACAAGUUUUUAAUACUGAUGACGUAUUGGAAUCUACGAAAGAAACAAUACAAGUUUUUAAUACUGAUGACGUAAUGGAAUCUACGAAAGAAACAAUACAAGUUUUUAAUACUGAUGACGUAUUGGAAUCUACGAAAGAAACAAUACAAGUUUUUAAUACUGAUGACGUAUUGGAAUCUACGAAAGAACCAAUACAAGUUUUUAAUACUGAUGAUGAUGACAUAUUGGAUGCAAGUUAUCAAGUUUACAAAAUAACAGCUGAAGAAAGAGAUCUUCGAGAGUGUGAGCGUGUUGACAAUGAUGAGAAUAUUGACACCAAACCAAUUGAUAAACAUGCUUUAAUUGAAAAGUGGGAGACUACCAUGUCAGCCAGUAAUGACCCAGCCACAGAAGACAGAGAGUUUGUCAGUCGGCGAUCAAUAAAGCCCUCAAUGCCUGUAAACGUCUACCAGGAUUUUGGUCCUGUUUUCAGGAAAAAAGAAGCUCCUAAAAGAUGCAUUGUUGAAGUUUUGACAACAACUGAGGAAGAAGACCCCGAAUUUAAGAGAGAAAGGUUAAGAAAAAACAUCAUUGCUGAACAAAGAGUGUUGAAAACCAAUCAAGUUCACCCACCUUGGAUUGCAGAUAAGAAUGAUGAAACGCACACUGAUAUGAAAACCUUAGAAAGUAUAAAGCAAUAUGAAGAAAGAAAGAAGAAAAAAGAACGUAAUAAAAGUGAUUCAUCAACCAGUCUGAAUGAUACCUGGGAUAGUGGGCUUGGGGACACAUUGAAAAGUGAAGACAUACCAGUAGUGGAAGAUAUUCCUAGACAGAAUGCAACUUUAGCAGUGCAUUCUGGGAUAGAUGACGACCAUAUCGAUAGGUUUGCCAUUCAACAACAAUGGGAUAAAAAGCUAGCCAUGCCUGAGUCUGAGAACAUUGGUUCUGAGAACGAUAAAAAACAAAAAAUUCAAGAUGACAUGCAUAGAGAUAGUGGUGAGGAUGAGGGUGAAUCGAUUUGCAAUACAGCGAAGACGAGAAUGCAGUGGGAACAACGAUUGUCACUGAAGAAUGAGAUUCCUUUACCUGUUUAUCCACAUGUCACAAAAUACAAUGCAAAGCAGCAACGUGUAGAGAGACAAUUGCCACCAAAAGAUGAAGAUCAUGAUUCAGCGAGUGCAUCGGAAAGUAUUGAGGGAUCAUAUGAAUUUACUGACAGCAGCGAACAUGCUUAUGUGCAAGAAGAUGAUGAGUUAGAUGACAAGAUAGAGAAACAUGAAAGUAUAAUUGAAAAAGAAAUACGACUGCAGCGGGAAAAAGAGCUAGAGUUUCAAAGAGAACUCCAGGCUGCUCAUAGUGGGAAUAAAUAUGAGCCAUAUGUCGCUAAGCAACAAGAUAAAGCAGUAUCCCAUGGUUACUCAAGAAGUGAACCAACAAUACUUGAUGAUGAAGAGGAAUCUGUUUCUUCUAAUGAUUCAGAAAAAAGUGUUUCUAGUGAGAAUGAUGAAGUUGUUGCAGAGAAAUCAGAGUUUGGGAAGUCAGUCCUUGAAAAAGAACUCAGAGCACAAAGGGAGAAAGAAGAGGAACUGUUGCAUCUUGGCAGAGUAAAGACUUGUUCUCAUGCCUUGCCUGAGCAUGAUGAUAUUCACAAGACUUCACCAAUCAGUAUUGAGAGUCGUAUUGAGAGAGAAAUUCGCCAGGAGAGGGAGCGUGAAGAAAUACUGCGAAAGGAAAGAGGAAUAUUGACACGUUCAUCUGAGGAUGAGGAACCUGCAUACAUUGUUUCCUCUUCCAAACCAGAGAAGACGCGGCCACUAUGGCAACCAAUUAAGACCACCUCAGAACCUAAGAAACAGAACUUUAAACCUGAUCAAAUACCAGUAUCGGGCAAAAACGAAGCUAAAAACAUAAAAGGAGUAAACAGACAGGAAGCACCAUCACAUUAUCAUAAUGUGUUACCAUCCAUGGAACAUGGUAUUGAUGUCCUUAAAGAGGCACAUACAGUAGUUGUGGAACAAAAAACAACAUUUGUUGAGGACCAGAAAAGUGUACCAGAUCCAGUAAAUUUGGAGGAUUCAUCGCUUUCUGACUCUGACAUGGAAGAACCUGCAGCACCCCCACUGAAUGAGACCAUCAUUCAACGAGAAAUAAGACUACAGAAGGAACGUGAAGCUGCAGUGCAGAAACAACGAGAAAGAGCUGGAAUUGCUAAAAAAACAAAUGAAAAUAAGUUAGAGAAAAAAGAAAAACAUACAAAAGAUAAGAAACUUGACAUACAAAAGAUAAAUAAUCUAGAAGUGAUUACUAUUGACAAGAAAGAUAAGAAACCAGCCUCUUCUUUUAAUAACAAUAACGUGGAUGCAAAGACAAGAACUGCUCAAGCUAGAGCAGUUUUCACUAGACCAACUAUUAUUAGUGUUCCUGAACAAAACAAAAGUCAGCCACCUGUCUCCAAAACUACUAAAAUUGUAUCAACGAAACAAGACAAUGACUUUGAAAUGCCAGCCACUCAACAGAAUGGUCCUACCAAUGUGAAGAAAGAGACGCCCAUUGAGAAAGAAAUCAGACUCGCAAAGGAAAAAGAAGAGGGUUUGAGAAAAGAAAGAGGCCGUAUGGAAUACAAAUUUGGUAUGCCACCAUUAGCCAAACAUGACAGCCGACAACAGAUCUUUACAGAUCGGAAGAAAUCGGUGCCAACGGCAUUAUCAAUUUCAUUUGAGGAAAGCACGGAUUACAACCCCCCAGGAAGUACAGCAAAAGACGAGUACAUGAAACGAGCUGCUAACUACUAUUUAGAGAAAGAUAUGGCAGAUCAUCGGAAGAGAGAAGAAGAACUGAAGAAAGAAGGGAAAAUUAAGAGAUUGUCGACUAAAUGUAAAGAUGAAGAUGAUGAUGUCAAUGGUGACAGACACCCAAAACAAAUACAGAAUAAAACAAAAG